AUGGGAGAAUUAGAUUUCUUGAAUCAACUUGUCGAAAUCCAGUACAAUGCUGCAACCUCUAACUCAGAAACCCUCCAGAUAUUAGCCGUACCUGGUUCCGGAAAGACUCGAGUUUUGACAUCUCGGAUUGCCUGGUUGAUUAUUGCCAACGAGUUAGAGCCAAGAAGUAUAGUAGCUGUCACAUUUACCAACAAGGCGGCCAAGGAGAUGAAGGAACGCCUUUGUUCCGAAGCAUUAUUGGGCUCCAAGAGAACCGAGGAAUUGAUGAUCGGCACUUUCCACUCAGUCUGUUCCCGAUUGAUUAGAAAAUAUCCCCACUAUUGUGGACUUAAGGGCAACUUUAUGAUUGCCAACCCCGAAAAAAGUCGUGAUAUAAUCAACAAGAUCAUUUACACCUUGCGCCUUGCAAAAGUCGAAGGUUCUAACAAGCCAGAUGUUUACUUUAACGAAAUAUCCAAGGCUCGUAACAAGGGUUUAGAUGUGAAGAAAUAUGCAGACCUGCAUUCUAGCUCUCCCAACAAGCAGAACACUAUAAAUGUGUUUAGGGCUUACGAGAAGGAGCUUUUGCGACUCAACUAUGUCGAUUUUGACAGUCUGAUGGUUAUUGGAAGAGACUUAUUAGUCAGACAUCCCGAGCUCAUGAACGGAACAGAGCACAUUCUCGUUGACGAAUUCCAAGACACAAAUACCAUACAAUACCAAAUUUUGAAAGCAAUGGCAUAUGGUCGUAAGAAGGUUACUGUAGUUGGAGAUCCAGACCAGAGUGUGUUUGGUUGGAGAGACGGUGACCCGGCCAACUUUGCCAAGAUGCAUGAUGAUUUCUCUGGAAUAAAUGUUAUCCAUAUGAGCAUAAGUUUCCGUAGCUCUGGAAGCAUUAUCGAGGCAGCCGGAAGUGUUGUCCGGAUUGAUCCUUCCCGUGACAGUCGCUCUUGCCGUACAGACAAUCUUGUUGGUAUGCCAGUAAAGGUCUUGGUUGCCGAUGAUGGAGAGGGAGAGGCCGAUAUGGUUGCCAGACAAAUCAUUCGUGUUCGGGAUGAAUCCAAAGGGCUGUUUGACUACAAUGACUUUGCCGUCCUGGUCCGUACCAACUAUCUAACCCGUAACUUUGAACAAGCAUUCAUGUUGGCAAAUAUCCCCUGUGUUGUCGUUGGUGGACCACAAUUUGUGGAAAGAGCAGAAGUUAAAGAUAUCCUUGGUUACUUGAUUUUUUGCUUCAAUCCAGAGGAUUUUUUAUCUUUCGAAAAAAUCGUUAAUGUCCCUAACCGGGGCAUUAACGAUGCGACUAUUCAGUAUCUUCGGGGGCGGUGCCUGGAGGAUGGCAUAAAUGUCAUCGAUGUAAUCAAGAUGAUUACAGGCCGUACUCCAGGCCCGCCCCCAAGAUUUUACCUUUCCACAAAGGUCAAGAGCUCGUUGACCGAGCUCUUGUACCUUUUCGAGGAUAUCAAGCAACAGCUUGACACAAAGACUCCACUACCAGAGAUAUUCUCUAUAAUCCUGGAUUUGACGGAUUAUAGAGAGUAUCUCCGCAAGGAAUUUGCGGAGUCUUUCGUGUCUCGGUGGGAGAAUGUUGGAGAGCUCGUCACAUACGCAAGUGUGUAUAUUUCUGAGCUCUCCACUAGGGCCAUCUCCCCCGACCAAGACCCCAUCAUUGGGUUCUUGGAGGCUGUUGCUCUCGGCCCCGAGCAACUCGAGCCCAAUGAAGUUAUGAAGGGGAAGGUCACCAUCAGCACCCUUCAUAACUCCAAAGGGCUCGAGUGGCCCUGCGUCUUUGUGGCGGCUUGUGAGGAAGGGGUCAUCCCACAUUCAAGAGUCGACUCAAAGAUGGAGGAGAGUCGACUAUUGUAUGUAGGGAUGACCCGAGCCAAGUGCCUUUUAUAUUGUUCGUACGCUAGGACUCGUAUGGGCUGGUCCAACGUAAUACGCAAGUAUCCCAGUAGUUUCUUGACCGAUCUGAUCAGGCGCGAGGGCUCAAAAAUCAUUACACCUAUUGAUGUGGAGAUGCUCGAGGGAUAUUCGAAGCUACUAAAGAGACCACUACUUGAAAAUGAUGCCGUUGAAGAAUCCCACGCUAUUUUGUCUUACCCAGCCACCCAAGAAUACUCACAAAUGUCACUAUGUACCCAAUCCUCUCUUUCUUUAAGUACACAACAAAACAAGUCAAUCAUACAACACACCUCAGCGAUGAUACCCGAAGACCCAUUCUCAACACUGGAGCUAUCGUUUCAUGAAAUCGAAAUGAUUCUCGAUGCUCCAGAUAGCCCAAUCCCCUCUCCAACACACGAUUCCGUAAACACUCUUUUAGAAAAAAGACUGCAAGACGAUGCCGAGGAAUCACACGAAGAAAACUCUUCGUACAACAACAGCAGCAGCAGAAGUAGCAGCAACAGCAACAACAACGAUAAUAACAACAAUAAUAACCAAAAGAGGCUUAAAAUCUCGGAUGAUAUCCCCAAGAUCUCGCCUGAAUUAACCACUAUUCUAAAAGAGUGCAUAAUCAGGUGUGUUAAGGAAGCUGGAAAUACACGGCAUGUGUUUGUAGUAGGGCAUAUGGGCUCUAUUGUGAAGAAUGAGCUCAAGAAGGACGGGAUCUAUAUUCCAUAUGAAGAUAUCUGUGUCGAGGUCAAGGAGUUGCUGGAAUCUCUGGUAGAUUCUGGCGAUAUGAUUUAUACUCGCCACAAAAAGAACGAAAAGUAUACAAUUGCCGAAUAA